AUGUCGAACAUGUUUUCGAAUAACCCAGCUAAUGAAGAUAGAGAGGGAAUGCCCCAAACUUCAGUCCCAGACCUGCAAGGGUUGAAUCCCCCUACGGGCGCAGAGCGAAAGAAACGCACGCGGACUGGAUGUGUCAAUUGCAGUCGCAGACGGCGAAAAUGCGAUGAGGCGAAACCCACGUGCACAGGCUGUAAGCGCCGGGGCGACAAAUGUCAAUGGCGCAUGAUGGGUGCUUUUCGCGACUCGAAUAUCAAAGUGUUGGAGUCAGACCAUCCCUCUAUGAGCCAAGGGGUGGCAGCUAGCAGAAACAAGCGCCAUAGUAAAUUCAAGAUCGUCAAUACUGCGAGCACACGGACCAAGCGUGCACCUAAGCAGCAGGGUCAGCCCUUACCUGCCCCAGAGCAAGGACCAGGGCAUGGCUCACCUCCACCAUCGGCCCCAGACGAAAGUGAUACACCGGUCCCUGCGGCUAUUGAGAGGAAUGAUUCAGAUUCCGCCGCGCCUCUGGCUGCCAAUGAGAUAUCAGCCUCAAAUCCUGGGGUAAACCCUGGUAUAUCGCCGCCAUACUCGAGUGAUACGUCAUCACAUCCACGCAAGACAUUCAAUGAACCCCCAGGACAUAUUGAACUUCAAACACAUGUCAGCCCUCUGGGCCCUCAAGUACUAUCACCUCAUUCUCACUAUGAUCCAACCCUUCAGUUCGAUUUUCAACCGUCUCACAGUAGGGAUGACUCUAUCUCGCACCCUUAUAUCAAUUCCAGUCCCGAAUACGUAAUCAAUGAUCUCUCUGCUCUGAGGGGUCUUCACCAAGAUACUCAGUUCCACUCCUCGGUGGCCGACUCGUACCAAACGGGACAGUCACCGGUUUUUGACCAUGGCAUCUUCUCCGACCCAACUGAUCUCAUCAACGAUGUUUUCCUUCCGGGAUCUGCAUAUGAGGCACUCCACACUACGCUACGAAACCGCCAGCUAUGGACUGCGAGACCCGACUUUCCGAGUCGCCGCAGCUCGCAAGAUUCUGUUCCUAUGGUGCAUACACCAACAGGGUAUAGCGACGCUGGUUCAGUUGCGAGGACGGCAAGGGGAUCCCGGCAUUCGGGGAUUAGUAGACGGUUUGAGUUAUCACCCGAAAGAGAACAUGUUCUGUGGGAAAAUUAUCUUCACGAGAUUUGCUCGUGGCUCGACAUGUUUGAUAAUCAGCGACAUUUCGCUUCAACGUUCACUCAGAUGGCCAAAACUUCAGCCCAUCUUCGAUAUUCUAUCUUGGCGCUGUCGGCACGACAGCUCGAAAGACAGCAAAAUGCGAAAUCACAGUCUGAAAGUUUGUCACUUUAUCAAGAAGCCAUUCAUCUCCUUCUACCCGAGCUAGGAAGCAAGACAACCCCUGUCAUUGCGUCCUGUGUUAUCUUGUGUGUCUUGGAAAUGCUGAGUUGUAAUCCCAAAGAAUGGCGUCGCCAUCUAGACGGAUGUGCGUAUCUCAUCCAAGCAGCUGGUAUAAAUGGAUUCUCUGGAAAAGAGGAGCAGGCGCUCUUUUGGUGUUUUGCUCGAAUGGAUGUGUGCGGUGGGCUUAUCUCCGAGGAGGAAACCAUCAUACCAAUCCAUAACUGGAGACCCAGUGACAUGACUUACAAUGAAGCAGCACAGAUAUUCAUCGCUUCAGCAAAGACCAACGUCGAAACAUAUGCCAACUACACGGUAUAUCUUGUCGCAAGAGUAGUGAACAUUCUGUUCGGAUGCGCGUCCAAACCAGAUUACUCUUGCACAUCAUGUCAAUCCGUUCCUAGCGAUGACGGUGACUCCUUUGUUCCGCGCUGGGCGGAUGCAUUUGAUCGCGUAGAGGAGUGGUAUGAAAAACGACCGGCACAGAUGAAAUCCAUUUUCAGUGUCGCCGCUUCCGAACGCGAAGGUCGUGACCGGGCAUUUCCAAUUGCCUUAUAUGGAAAUGGGUCGGCGAUUUCCGGAAACCAGAUGUAUCAUGUCGCUGCCCUACUGCUUCUUCAGAGGAAACCAAAGACACUGGCUUUGAACAAGAGACCGCCUCUCUGGAUAGCGGGCAAAGCCAUGUCCCACUACUCGGAGCAUGCGGCCAUUGUUGAAACUUUGGUCCGAAUUGAGCGCGAGACUGGUUGGGCCACUGCCUGGCGUGUCGAAGACUUGAAAGAGUUCUGGGGGGAAUAUGAUAACGACGAAGAUUACGAUGUUGAUAUGAACUAG